AUGGCACGCUCCCUCUACGAGUGGCUGUGGCAGCACGAGUUCUGGCUGCCCCCAGGAAUCACCUGGGAGGACAUGCAGGAGUCUGAGGAUGUCCGUUACCCCAAGCCUCGUGAUCUCCUGCUCAGCAUCCCUUUUGCUUUACUCUUGGUUGUCAUUCGAUGUGGCUUUGAAAGAGCCAUAGCCCUGCCCCUCAGCAGCAAACUGGGUGUGACAGACAAGCACAGGCCAAAAGCUGAGCCCAACCCCGUGCUGGAAACAUUCUACAGUACAUGCUGCAAGAACCCUGAAGAGGGGCAGCUGCUGGGGCUGGCCAGGCAGUGCCAGCUGCCCCUCAGGAAGGUGCAGAGGUGGUUCCGGCGCCGCAGGAACUCCGACCGACCCAGCCUGCCCAAGAAGUUUUCUGAGGCCUGCUGGAGGUUCAUGUUUUACAUCAUUUCUUUCUUCACUGGACUUGCUGUGCUGUACGAUAAGCCUUGGCUGUGGGACCACAGAGAGUGCUGGACAGGAUAUCCACAGCAGCCUCUCCAUCCCUCCCUGUUCUGGUACUACAUGCUGGAGCUCUCCUUCUACUGGUCACUGGUCUUCACCCUGCCCUUUGAUGUGAAGAGGAAGGAUUUCAAGGAGCAGAUCAUCCAUCAUGCUGCAACCAUCUUCCUGAUCAGCUUCUCAUACUGUGCCAAUUACAUCCGCAUUGGGACGCUGGUGAUGGUGAUCCACGAUGCUUCUGACUGCUUCCUGGAGCCAACUAAGAUAUUCAAUUACAUGAAGUGGAAGAAAACUUGUGACAGCCUCUUCAUGAUCUUCUCAGCUGUUUUCCUGAUCAGCCGCCUGGUCAUUUACCCCUACACAGUGCUCUACAACACCUACUAUUACUCCAUGGAGAUAUUCCAGCCAUUCUUUGGAUACUACUUCGUGAAUGCUCUCCUCAUAAUUCUGCAGCUGCUCCAUGUCUUCUGGUCCUGCCUCAUUAUUCACAUGGUUUACAAGUUCAUCCUCCAGGGCACGAUGGAAAAGGACAUGAGAAGCGACACUGAAGAAAGUGACAAGGAUGAGGAAAGCAAAAAAACUCAGGAAAAGGAGAAAAACAGGAUCCCAUGUUUCAGCAACGUCACAAGCAACAAUUCUAUCCAGAGGAACGGGGCUGAGCCACUGACCCACAGAACCCAUCUCCCCAACGGCCACGCCAAGGAACGGUAG